AUGGCAAAUGGAUGUUGUAGAAAUGAUUUAUGUAUUAAAAAAGAAACACAAUUACAUUUAGCUUUACUUCGUGAAGAAUUAUUAACAAAUUUUAAUACACUUCUUAUUGAUCGUAUUCGUUUUCUUGAACAAACAAUUAAUCGUUUAUCAUUAAUAUCAUCAUCAUCAUCAUCAACACCAACAAAUUCAUUACCAAUAUUAACAGAUACACAUUUCUCUUUAAAACCUAUAACAAUUAAUCAACUUACACCACCAUUAUCAUCAUCAUUACUUCGACGUAGUUCAUCAGCAGGUGCUGCUUUUCUUCAAAAUCCUAUUGAUUUAAAUUUAAUUGAAUCAGAAAUAAAUGCUCGUUCAUAUCCAUCUAGUGUAGAUUUAUCAAAUAAAGAUGAAUUACGAAAACGAUUUUUAUCAACAAAAAAAUUUUUUCAUAGACAAAAUCGAACAUCAUUAGAAUAUAAUACAACUUAUUUAUCUAUACCUAUAUAUCGACAAUGGACAAGUUCAACAGUUGAUCUUCCAUCAAGUACAAUUAUAACUAAUGAAAAAGGUCGUUUAGAAUCAAGACGUUUUGCAUGUGAUGUUGAUGAUAAUGAUGUUCGAGCAUUUAAAGCUAUGGUUUAUAUGGAACAAGCACGAAAACAACAUAUAAGACCAUUAACACGUUUACGACAAGUAUUAGGUAUAUCAAGUAAUAGUAAUACAGGGAAUUUAACAUUAAAUAAUUUAAAGAAACAGACAAAUUUUUAA